UGUUAUGAACAUUCACUAAAACUGUGCUUAAAUAAAGCUAAUACAUUCAGCUUCAGAUUAGCACCAGUUGAGAAAAGAAUAAGAUGAAAAGUAUUCCAGCUAUUUUCUAAACUGAAGUUGAGAAAUGCUUUUAUUAAAAUUAAUGUAAUUUAUGAUGCAUUUUAUUCAAAUAUAAUAUGGUUCGAAAGACUUCUGGUUUUGAGAAUAAUACAAUUUACAACCAUUAAAAUUCAUAGUUGUUGUCAGAGGCCUUAACCUGAGAAGUGUACAGCCUCACCUCCUGGUAUUUAAGCCAUCUACCUCAAGAAAUUAAAGAAUUUCUAUUCACAUUUUUAAUAUGAUUCUCUCUAAGAUUAAUCAAGUUUCACCAAGAGCUCAGUCUGUUUCUAGUCUUGUCACUAUGCCUCUUACACGCGUCUCACACAGCCACUCCUCUUUAUAACCAGAGAUGUUUUUAUAGCAACAUAGUUUUGCUGUAUCAGGGUUGAUUUGAGGCUAAAUUACAACAAAAUUAUUACUGAGAUAGACGAACGACAGAACCUAUAUGUAGUUACAUGACCUGCUAGAAAAAGUAGCUAAAAAGAAAUUUCUGUCUUCAAGAAAAAAAAUGCAAGAUUAUAUUCUUUUAUAAAGGAAUCCCAAUAUUUGGAAUAUGGAUACUUGCUAUCUUUUAUUCUUUCAACUUUAGCUGCUUCAUCAUUCAGUGAAGAAUAUUGUUUUAACCACAGGAUAGCUCUGAUUGUAAUGGAUCUGUGAGAAAAGGCGUUCCAGCCAUGACCAUUUUGUUUUAUUCUUUUCUAGAAGUAAUGAAUUCCUAAGCGAACAUUAUAUAAUAAUAUAAACUUGCAUUAUUAUUUUUUUUUUUCUUGAAGACGGAAAUUUCAUUUUUCUUUUUGUCAGGAAGAUUUGGUUGCUCUUUCUAGCAACUCGUUGCCUCGUCUCGUUCCGUUCGUCACUUGUUGUUUAGUCACGAGAUGGAUCUGAUUGAGUACAUAUGAUCAAAGACGUCCCAACUGUGACCAUUCCGUGACAUAAUGGACGCUACGCGUAUAUCUGUCGGUCAGAUUAAAAAGAUUCGAAACACCGAAUGUCUCCUUAUGACAUUGUGGGUGUCAUAUUUGUGAUCGAAAGUGCGGCUGGAGACAAAGUCAGCUUCACUCGUUCAUAGUUAAUAUGUCACGGGGUUAUUGUUGAAGAAAUACGGAAUUCCUGACAUUGGUAAACCUCAUUCUAACAAAUAUUUACAUUGAUGAAAACGUAUAACAUAUUGAUUAAGUGUUUGCAUUUGAAAACGAAUAUCAGAUGACAUUGGCAUUAAAGCUAUAGCAUCAAUAUAUAUUGACAUUUACUGACAAAAGGAAGAUUUUAUACAGAAGAACUACAACUCCAUUGCAAUAAAUUUACUGAGAGUUAGUUCUUCGGAGUGAGACAUUGCUAAUCGUUGCCUACAAGGUGCAUGAAAUGAUUUUAUAUUCCAUCUAAAUUUGAACAGAUUUUUUAAUGAAUUUGCUACUGUUUUCUGAUACCAACUGAGAUAACAAUUGAUGGAACUAUUGCAGUAGAAGGGUUUUCAUCAGUGCAGUAAUAAAUAGUGAAAUCAAUAUUAAUGUAAUUGUUGUGUGAAAAGAAAUAUUAAAGAAGAAUGGAUUUUCCUGAAGAAUUACCAAAAGAGGUGAGAAAAUCGUCAUACCCCUGUGAUAUCUGUCAAAAGACAUUCUCUCUAAAAAGUAGCCUCAAUAAUCAUAAAAUUGUUCACACAGGAGAGAAACCAUUUCACUGUGAUAUCUGUGGUAAAUCAUUCUCUCGAUUACAAACCUUAAUGACUCACAAAUAUAUCCAUACUGGAAAAAAUCCAUAUGGAUGUGAUACCUGUGGUAAAUCAUUUGCUACGAAAAGCACAUUAACAGAACAUAAACGUAUACAUACAGGAGAGAAAGCACAUUGCUGUGAUAUCUGUGGUAAAUCAUUCUCUCGAUUACAAUCCUUAAUUACUCACAAAUAUAUCCAUACUGGAGUAAAGCCAUAUGGAUGUGAUACCUGUGGUAAAUCAUUCACUCUCAAAAGUCUCUUAGAAGAUCAUACACGUACUCAUACUGGUGAAAAACCAUAUCAGUGUGAUAUCUGUGAUAAAUCAUUCUCUGCAAAAUGCAGGUUAACACGACAUAGACGUAUACAUACAGGAGAGAUUAACUGUGAUAUCUGUGGUAAAUCAUUCUCUCGUACACAUCAUUUAAUAAUUCACAAACGCAUCCAUACAGGAGAAAGGCCAUAUGGAUGUGAUAUCUGUGGUCAAUCAUUCACUCUAAAAAGUCACUUAGAAGACCAUAAACGUACUCAUACAGGUGAAAAACCAUAUCACUGUGAUAUCUGUAAUAAAUCAUUCUCUCGGUCUCCUAACCUAACUCGCCACAUACGUAUUCAUACAGGUGAGAAGCCAUAUGAGUGUAAUAUUUGUGGUGAGUCAUUCUCUGAAAGAUGUAAUUUAGUUACACACAAGUUAAUUCAUACAGGAGAGAAGUCAUAUCGCUGUGAUAUCUGUGGAAAAUCAUUCUUUCAAAAAGUACAUUUAUAUUCUCACAUACGUAUGCACACUGGAGAGAAGCCAUUUCACUGUGAUAUCUGUGGUAAAUCAUUCUCUUAUAGAUCAGGAUUAACUGUUCACAAACGUAUUCACACAGGAGAAAAGCCAUACAGCUGUGAUACCUGUGGUAAAUCGUUUUCUCGAAGAUCUGGCCUAAUAAAGCAUGUACCUAUUCAUACAGGUGUGAAGCCAUAAUACUGUGAUAUCUGUGGAAAAUCAUUCUCUCAUAGUUCUGUCUUAAUUAUACACAAACUUAUCCAUACAGGUGAGAAGCCAUGUCAUUGUAAUACCUGUGGUAAAUCAUUCUCGUUAAAAGUUCGGUUAAGUAAACACAGAUACACUCAUACUGGACAGUAGCCAUAUCUCACUGAUGUCUGUGAUAGAUCAUUCUCUCAAACAGGAUAGAUACCCUAUUCUGUGAUAUUUGCAGUAGAAAUUUGUCAAAAUAGUGAUGUAGCCAAGCACAACUGCAUUCAUGAUAUGUCAGUCAUUAAAACAGUACAAUGAAAUAGAUAACGAUAUGUCAGGUUGGCAGUCAUUAAAACCAUCCACCAAAAAUGGAAAAUAGAACUGAAAUGUUUUUCCUGACUCAUUGAGGACUUUGAAUGAAGCUUUCCUUUUUCUUAUGGUAGCAUUAAUUAUUAAUUUAUUAAAUAUAUUGUAUUGUUUAUUGAUUGAUUAGCUGUUAUUAAAAUGACUUGUGUUUAAUAGGAUCAAAUUGUUGUUCACUUUACAUUUUACUGAAUUCAGUUAUGUUUAACAUUACUUAUUUUGGUUAUCCU